CUCGCACCUAACGCGCUAUAUUUUAUUCAAGUGACCCUUAUCCAUACGUAGACCAAGUCUGUGGCCAAGAAUUUCUCUGUGCAUAGAUUUAAUCGUACUGCGUAAAGUUGCAAGCUAGUUAGAAGACCGACCGAGCAAGAUCUCUGUCUUCAACUGUGCAACCGGAGUUUCCCGCAAUAUGGAGAAGAUCGGAAUGAUGGUCGGAGAAUUGAUGGUAUCCUACGUCUUCAAUAGACUGGCUGACAAGGUUUUGCUGCUUUUGGAGGACCGGUAUGAUCAGUUCACUGCUGAUAAGACCAUGGUGGAGGAUGUGAAGGCUAGACUUCCUCGUAUCCGGGCCGUGAUCCAGGCAGCGGAGGGAAGGCCGAUCAGGGACGCAGCUCUGGCCACAUGGUUGAGGGAACUCAAAGAUGCUGCCUACGAGGCCGACGAUGUGCUGGAUGAGCUUGAAUUCAAAUAGCUUCAUUAUAAGCUGCGCCACAAGAGAAAGGUGAGUGACUUUGCAUCCUCUGCUGUUAAGCUUCUCAAGCAUUUUAUAAUGUCCGAUAAUGAGCUGGAAAACUUGAAGAAUCUUGUGGGAAAUCUUGACAAGAUUUAUACCAAUAUCAAUUACAUAGAGGAACAAUUAAAGGACUACAACUCAAAGCAGAGAAGUGUGACCAGAGAGACCAGCUCGGUUAUCCAGGUUAUUGUGUUUGGGAGACGCAGAGAGACAGACAUGAUAUUGGAUGUCUUGUUGGCUUCAGCGGAUGAACCGGAAUCUAGCAUGACAUGUGGGGCUGGGACUAGUAGCUACCCGAGUCUUGGUGUUCUUCCUAUAGUAGGCAUUGGGGGUGUUGGCAAGACUACUCUGACUCAACUGAUUUAUAAUCAUGAAAGAGUAGUAAAGCAUUUUGAGCUG